AUGACGAUUGAAGCGGUAGCAUGCCUUGAAGGACAUACGGAAAAGUCGGUGUGGCAUUGUGCCUGGCAUCCUGUUGGAUCUCCUCCCGUGAUAGCAACAUGCAGCACCGAUCGGUCGAUACGAUUAUGGAGGCCAGACCCAACAUCAAACAUUUGGAGAGAAGUUGCUUCAAUAACAGAUGCUCAGAAGCGGACUGUUCGAAGUGUCUGCUGGUCUCCAGACGGUAAAUACUUGGCUUCUUCUAGCUUUGAUGCUACUACUGCUAUUUGGGAACGUGGUGCUGAUGGAGAAUUCGAGUGCCUUGCUACAUUAGAAGGCCAUGAAAAUGAAGUUAAGAGUGUAGCCUGGGCAUCGUCUGGAACGCUGCUGGCUACAUGUAGUCGAGACAAGAGUGUUUGGAUUUGGGAAGUUGUGGGAGAUUCCGAUUUUGAAUGUCUAAGUGUACUGCAAGAACAUACGCAGGAUGUCAAGAUGAUUUGCUGGCAUCCAAAUGAAGAGUUACUGGCAUCUGCAGGAUAUGAUGAUAAUAUCAAAAUAUGGCGAGAUGAUGACGACGAUUGGUAUUGCUCAGAUACAUUAGAAGGUCAUACAUCAACAGUUUGGGGUAUAGAUUUUGAUGGAUCUGGUGAUCGAUUAGUCUCGGUCAGUGACGAUCUUAGCUUGAAAAUAUGGAAGAGGUCAACCUCAGGAAGCACAUUCUCAACAUUUUUGAGCAUGUCUGGUAAACGACGUGAUUCCAAAUGGAGCUGUAUAGCAACAUUUCCUGCACUACAUAGCAGAUCCAUAUAUUCAGUGUCGUGGUCACCUCACCACGGUCGCAUUGUUACGGCUGGAGGCGAUAAUGCCAUCAAAGUAUUGCAACUGACGGAAUCUGUUGAUGGGAGUGCACAAGUGCAAGUAGUAGCUAGUAUAGAGAACGCACACGGAAUUGCCGAUGUGAACUGUGUGAGGUGGUGUCCUCAAGCUGAACAUCAGGAUUGGUUUUCGAGUACUGGGGAUGAUGGGUGCGCUCGUGUAUGGAGUUUGAAAAUAUAG